AUGCCCAAAAGGCGCAGAACACGCGCAAAGAAGAAAAGGAAGGGGCCAUGCCCAAAAGGCACAGAACACGCGCAAAGAAGAAAAGGAAGGGGCGUGCCCAAAAGGCGCAGAACACGCGCAAAGAAGAAAAGGAAGGGGCCAUGCCCAAAAGGCGCAGAACACGCGCGAAGAAGAAAAGGAAGGGGCCAUGCCCAAAAGGCGCAGAACACGCGCGAAGAAGAAAAGGAAGGGGCCAUGCCCAAAAGGCGCAAAACACGCGCAAAGAAGAAAAGGAAGGGGCGUGCCCAAAAGGCGCAGAACACGCGCAAAGAAGAAAAGGAAGGGGCCAUGCCCAAAAGGCGCAGAACACGCGCAAAGAAGAAAAGGAAGGGGCCAUGCCCAAAAGGCGCAAAACACGCGCAAAAAAGAAAAGGAAGGGGCCAUGCCCAAAAGGCGCAAAACACGCGCAAAAAAGAAAAGGAAGGGGCCAUGCCCAAAAGGCGCAGAACACGCGCAAAGAAGAAAAGGAAGGGGCCAUGCCCAAAAGGCGCAAAACACGCGCAAAGAAGAAAAGAAAGGGGCCAUGCCCAAAAGGCGCAGAACACGCGCAAAGAAGAAAAGAAAGGGGUAGAAAAAACCGGGCCGAAACACACAAAGAAAGAAUAA